AUGGGCCUCCCGGCCGGUAUUGAACCGGCGGCCCCCCUUACAAACACCAAGGUCAACGAAAAGGAUGAGGAUGACGAUAAGGACGAGGAUAAGGAUGGUGCUGCCGUCGAGGUCGUGAAUCGCCGCCCACGUGGCCGCCCGCCCGGUUCAAAGAACAAGCCGAAACCCCCGAUAUUCGUGACCCGGGAUAGCCCCAACGCCCUCCGCAGCCACGUCAUGGAGGUGGCCUCCGGCGCCGACGUGGCCGACUCCAUCGCCCGAUUCGCCCGCCGCCGCCAGCGCGGCGUCUGCGUCCUCAGCGGCGGCGGAUCCGUCGCCGACGCCACCAUCCGCCAGCCGUCGGCCCCCGGGGCCGCCGUGGCACUCCACGGCCGGUUCGAGAUCCUGUCGCUGACGGGGGCGUUCCUCCCCGGGCCGGCGCCGCCGGGGGCCACGGGCCUGACCGUGUACCUCUCCGGCGGGCAGGGGCAGGUGGUGGGGGGGAGCGUGGUGGGCCCGCUCGUGGCGGCGGGGCCGGUGAUGGUGGUGGCCGCCACGUUUGGCAACGCCACAUACGAGAGGCUGCCGAUCGAGGAGGAGGAGGAGGAGGAGGAGGGCGGCGGAUCUGGCGCCCCAGCCGGCGGCCAUGAGGAGGGAGAUCCACAGUUGCAUAACAAUCCCUCAUCUUUGGCUAUUUACAAUUUGGCCCCUAAUCUGGUGGCCAAUGGAGGGCAGUUGAAUCACGAUGCGUAUGGGUGGGCACAUGCCGACCGCCAGCCUUACUGA